AAAAAUUCAACCACAGUUGUGCUCCACUACUGCAACUGAACUGUCUAACAAUAUGUGUCGUUCUGUGUCAUCGAUAGGCGCGAUUUUUUAUUUUUUAUUUUCGUUGGCGGCAGCAGAUUGGAUUUGCCCAGUCGGGAAUAAAUAUUGUUUUCAGUGGAUAAACGAACCCCCUAGGACUUGGAAUGAAACCCGAGCUAGAUGUGCCCAAAUAGGAGGAGAUCUUCCUGGGGCAGACCAUUUGCAUGUAUUGAGCCACGCAUGGGUUAAUGAAUAUCCUUUCUGGACAAGUCUGUGUUUCAGCAAUGGACGUCUGCAAUGGUUAGGAACCAUUUCAUACGAGGAACGAAAUCUUGCAUUUAUUGAUACAUUUUUGCCUGGCUUGACGACACUUCACGAUGUCGACGGCAAAAUGUACUGUUUCUACACUAACGGCAACAUGGUUGAUCCACUGACAACUUUCGGCCUCUCUCUGAAAGACAGUCAACAUUUAAUAGGAUCUAUGUGUGUUUCAGACUACCGAUUCACUCACUCCUUCAUCGGAUCAACGCUGGGAGGACAUGUAUUAUCAGCCUCGAUGAUAGCUGAGGGCACCGAUAUAGACUGGGGCCCUAUAAGGCAAAAUCAAGACGGUUUCGUAAAUAUUUUCCCACUCCAAGCUACUUCUCUGAAAUUAAAAUGCGUCGUCCAAACAACAAACGACGCUCAUAAAUCAUCAGUCCGCGUAAGGUGGAUUCGAAAUAAUGGUUACUUAGGCAAUUUUUCUCAGGAGGUUAGUUUUGCUUCUGCGGAGGAUCUAAUUCCUUGGAUUGGAUUUAUUCAUUGUGAAGCGUCUUAUCUGAAUCACCAACCAGUCUACAGUCAAGGAAUUCACUUGGUGGUGUGGAACACGGUGACAGCACGUCUCAUUUCCACCUGUAUUUCAUGCAAAGUGCAGAGCAUAAUAGAGACAGCAAAAAUUAUUUUAGCACAGUUUGUAGAGAUGGAAAUCACUCCAGGUAAAGGAACAGCAAUGGAAUUCUACAUUGAGCCUCCCGUCAUACACCACACUACGAUCUCGUUCAUGAUUCAUAUAAAGAAUAAGAAAAUCGAUAAGUUUGAUUUCAGAAUGGUUGAAAAACUUGGCAACGAAUUCCAACUAUCGCGCUGGGCAAAGAGUCGUUCUCUAUUUCUUCCCAGCGAUUCCGAUUUAGUUCUUGAGAUUAUUAGUCCAUGCAACAUGGUCUUGCCACAGGAUCGUCAGAACACGACAUGGAUUGGUUAUUUAGGUCAAACGGUACCAUCCGGGAAUUUUAUUGAUGGCCCCAUCUGCGUUAACAAUCAUGGGGCCAUUGUAACAAGAACAGCCAGAUGCGGUUUGUCUGAUUUACGUCCAACACCUCACGAAGAAUGUUUCUCUAUGAAAAUUAGACGAGAAGACCCACAAUGUUUCAACGGCUUCUAUCCAGCUGAUGGGAAAUGUUACCGAAUGACAGAAGCUUCUGAUUUUGCCACAGCUGUCGCUAAAUGUUGGGUCGGAUGGCCAGUGCAACCCGAAAUAUUGCUGCCAAACAGUAUAUCCAAUUGGGUGCAGACUUCACGCGAAUGGAUCUAUCAGACUCACUAUUCACCAGCUUCCCUAGUUUGGCUUCCCCUACGACGCGUUAAUAGGGCGGCUCCUCUUCAAACCCCAGUCUGGAGUUGGAACACAAUGAGCAACCGGUGGAUUCACAUGGCCAACGAUUGGAACACCACAGUUGAAAGCUCUGACGUCAGCCGUUUAUGUGCGGCAUACGAUUUAGUAAGGAAUAAAUUGAUCAGCACUUCAUGCCAAAAUCAUCUUCCGAUGAUCUGUAGUCGACCAUUAUUAUCACAACCCCUCAGUUCCGCUCAAUCGGGUGACGUGGGAGAAUACUUUUGCGACCCCGGUUGGCUGACUCAUUGGCUUGUGCUGGACACGGGAAUUUGCUACAAACGCUUCACGCUAAAGGAAGCCAUCGAUGCGGAUGAAGCUCAGCAAUUCUGCGUAAAACGCGGAGGACAUCUUGCCAACGCCCCAACUCACAGCACACGACUAGCUCUGGAGCAAGUCUACUCUUAUUUUAAUAACAGAAGCGUCGUUGACUCUUGGAUCGGACUGAGGAAUCAAGAUGGCCAGCCAGGAACUUUUAGCUGGGUGAACGAAACGGCUGGUGACCAUAGCAAGACGUACAACUGGCACCCUUAUAACGAAUUUAGUGAAGGCUACGCGUCAGCAUUUCGUAAUGGCAUGUGGUGGAAUUGGCCACGUCACACAAAACUGUGGGGUCUGGUCUGCCAAAAGAACGCGUCCGAUUGGAAAGACGGCAUUCGAUUGCUGCUUGAACCGUCUAAUGACCCAAUUAGGGAAGGCGAAUACGCUCUCGUUUUCACGUACGAACCCAAACCCAUUCUUCAAGAUGAAAACGAUGAUUACAUCACACCCGCAGCGUUCGAGACAAAGAAGAUAUUGAAUCAUUCUUAUUUGACUAAAUCCUUUUGGCUAUCCGAUUUUGACGUUGUCUGUCAUUUCACUAACUACGUUCGACGCUUCAGUUUCCCCAGAGGAUUUCGUCGACAGUAUCGAGCUCUGGUCCCCGUGUCAACGGCCAUGGGGUCGGGACCUUUCACUUGCGAAGCAUGGUUCAACAAACCGGCCUUUCGAUUCCAAUCGAAUACGAUCAUUCACCGACCCGCUCACUGGCACAACUUCGUCAUUGUUGUGUCGAAACAAAAUCCUCUCUAUCCAGGCUACCGCCAGUCACCAGAAAUAAACUGGAAUGGCGAAUCAGCUGUUAACGACCUUUUGCAACGAAUGAAUUUGAACCGAUUCCGCUAUUUCAAGGAUUUCAUGACCAAUUUUUCGGUUGUCACAAUAAGUGUCGAGCCCAACCAGAAUAAUGCGACUGGUACUGCAAAUAUUAUCAAUUAUUUAGUGUCAUUUUUCCUUUCGCCGGAUGUCCAGCGUUUCGAUCUGUUUGCAAACAUAAGACAAUGCCAAGCAGGGUGGGAUUCGAACGCAUUUAAAACCAGCACGCUAGACUACGAGAGCAUCCUUCAUUUACUCCUCCAGUUUUGCUUACCUUUGGUCUAUCGAAAUGGCGAAGAUUACCAGUUUAUUGAAGUACGAAGCACUGUAGCCUGUCCAUCAAUUCAUCCGCCCGAGACAUUUGGCCAUCACCUUCAUGAUGAAACUUCCAUGGCGAUCAACCGGUUCGCUUGGCCGAUGACAAAUAUUAACCGGAUGACUAGAUCUACCAACCCCUGUUUUAUAAAAGGGCAUAUUGUUCGUCGUACCUGCACGGGAAGCUUUGAGCAAGGUGCCAUUUGGGGGCCACCAAAGAUUGCGGAGUCGAACAAGAUAUUGGAUGAAGCAACCACUAUUUGCCAAGUGGCAGAUUACACGGAAAAUAAGAUGUAUCAACUAGAACGACUGUCAAUGGCUGCCACGGUCGACGGUCUUUCUCUUUCAUCAGAAGCCAUUUUGACAGAGUUGCUAAAAGAAUGGGAUGAGCAAACUUUCUUGUCUAUGGCUAGCCUCGAAUUAACUAUUUCCAGCCUUCGUCAAAUAUUGAACAGAUCUCGAAAUCAAACUGCCCAGCUAAAUCGCCUUCUCUUAACCACAGUUAUCGAACGGAUGUUACGCCCAGGUAAAUGUCCGCUGACUGAAUUGCAAUUCUUACCAGACGUUCUAGAAGAUUUGAUUCAGCUGUUCUCCGAUCUACCUGCAUUGGACAACAGGGGAUCGCGAGUUCGGGUCAAUAUUGGCGACCAGGUCUCUGUCGUGGCGGAUGGAAUUGAUACUACGCUCGGAAACCAACACUUUGCAUCCGAGAUAGUGAUCGAUUUCAAUCGCCUCUCAGUCACCAUCCAGAAAGAUGCCGAGAAUAGCGUUUUAUCCACCGUCGUGGCUCUACUUCCGUCUGAGCUUUUGGCUAUCGAUCCGGUGACAAAGAACAGCAUCAUCGAUCUGUACAAGGUAGAUGCCAGCGAUCGGACUCAGAGGAGCAUACUCGGGAAAUUCAUCGCCAGCCAAACAAUCGUACACGUCAACUUGAAAUCCGUCGUCAAGACGUCAGCGACUCCAUUUAUGCUGGCCUUCAAAAUUGAGGGGCCGUCAUCGGCGGAGAGUACCUUUUUGUGUGCGCGCUGGGACUCGCGUUUGAAUGACGUCCACGGCGGUUGGCUAACGGGCGAUUGCUGGUAUCUCGGACGCACGGAUGAAGCCGGAACUCACCUCUGUCAGUGCCAUUCUUCCGGCAUCUACGGCUUGUUCCACUCCGAAGAGGACAGAACACUGCGCUUGGCUUUGAUUCGACGACUGCCGAUUGUCAUCAAUGUGAUCCUGUUCCUCUUUAUGACUUCCUGCCUGAUUAUUCGCUCGGCAUUCGUCUGUCGAAAAGCGGUCCGUGAAAUGGAUUUGGUGGAGCUGGGCGCACGUCUCCAGCUGGUGAUCGCUUGGUUAACGAUGCUAUUUUGCCAUCUUGGCCAAUACUUUGCACCGGGCCAAAAAGUUGGUUGCAUUAUCUUGACAACAUUGUUUCAGUUCUUCCUGACGGCCGCUUUCUUCUGGAAUAUCAUUCUCCUGGUCGUCCGGCGCUGGCAAAUUCACCAACGCUGGAUCAGCAAUCAACACGCCUGUCUAGCAAAACUCUCUUUUGCCGUGUGGGCGCUCAGUUCCCUCAGCGUUGUGACGAUUCCGAUUUACAAGUGGAAAUACGUUCACGCCAAACUGGCGAUAAUAUCAGAAUGCUGGAUAGAAGAUCCGAUCGAUUUUGGAUUGACGGUUGCCAUAGUUUGUCUGGCUAGCCUCGUCAGUCUCAUUUUAAAUGUGAAGAAUCUUGGCGAUCAAAGGGAAUUCGGAGUCGCCUCAGAUUGGAACGCCAGUGACGUUCUGGGAGCCGUGAAUACGCCACUGAUGUGCCUGACCGGAUUGCUCGCCAUCUCGGACAACAGCUGGCUACAUUCAACUCCGGUUGCUAUCACUUUCAGCUUCACCUCAUCAUUGCUCGGUCUUAUUUGGCUGUGCACUUUCUGCACGCUGGUAGCCAACCCUACGGUCAAACAUGAAUUUCAACAUUCCAAUCGCAAACUUGGUCAGGAUUUGCAACUGAAAACCAUUUAUGGCUCCACUAUCGAAUAUCUUACCGAUCGUUGAUGUCCUAAUCGGUCCUAAUGCGACAUAAUGUGUAUAUGUGUACUAACCCAUAAAUAUAACUCGAUAUGCAAACUAAGAAAA